UUCAACGCAGCAUAAACCUGAUUCAACGCGCCGCAAAAAAUGGACUCCUCUGAAGCCAACCGCAUGGCCACCCGCGCCCAGCAGGACCUCAACACCUACCAGGCAAAGCAGGGUCUCGGCCGCAAGAGCGAUUCGACCCUCGAAUCUGGCGUCGACGAGCUGGUCAAUCGCAGAUUCGACCAGCCCACCGACGUCCGAUAUGGCCGAGAAGCAGUCCCAACCGCCUCAGACCGCAAGCCUAUCCCCGAGGACGAGGGGGGCAUCCGUGAUGACCGGGGACGCCUUGCGCCGGCGCAGGGCUUCGAAGGAAAAGGCGGACCGGAGGAUAAGGUGGACCUGGAAUAG